AUGUUUGCGAAGCUACUCUCUCUAAAUACUAAUACAUCAUCAUCAAUUGAAAUAUCAAAACCGAUAUUUUCAAUAGGAAGAGAUUAGAAGAAUGAUAAAGUGUUUUCUGAUAUCAAGGUAAGUGCUAACCAUUUGACAAUUGAGUAUAAGGAUUCCUAAUUUACUGUGACGGAUUACUCUAGUAAUGGAACAUAUAUCAAUGAAAAUAAGAUUGGUAAAGGAAACACAGUAACAAUUUUAAAUGGAGAUAAGAUUCAUUUACUCCCUAUAUAAAAGGUUAAGGACCAUGAAGUUAUUGGUUUUGAAUUUGUUGUGUGUAUAAAUACUGAACAAUAAGCUUCUAAAUUAUCAAUAGAAUCAAUAGACCGAUAAGUUUCUGAUGGAAAAAGAGAAGUAAAAAAUGAGAAUAUAUUGAACACAAAAUUAGUUGAAAAUCAAGUUGAAUCUUAAAUAAUUAAUGAACCAUCUAAAUAGAAGAAAGAAUAAUCACCUCCUCCUGUUCCUAAAAUUGAUGGAUUAGAAGAUGAAUUAUAAUGCACUAUUUGCAAUGAUUAUUUGUUUGAAGCUGUUGCAGCAAAUCCUUGUAAUCAUCAUUUCUGUGGUUCUUGUUUAUCUAAUUGGUUUAAAAAAUAAACAUAUGAAUGUCCUAAUUGCAGAUCGAAAUUAACUGGAGUAAUGUAGGCAAGAACCAUUAAUAAUUUAGUUGAGAAAUGGUUAAAGAUUAAUCCUCAUGAAAAAAGAACAGAAUAAUUAUUAAAUAAAAUGAAAGAAGAAAAUCUCAUUUAUAAAAAUCCUUAAGAAUAUAUCAAUUUAAGUGCUAAAUUCAAUUAAGAUUAAUAAUAAAAGAAAAUAUAAUUAAAUAGAAAUUUUGAAGAUGAAUAAGAUAUUUAUAGUGAUGAAGAAAAUGAUGAAGAAAAUUAAGAAGAAAAUGAUGAAAAUGAUUCUAAUGAUGAUGAUGAAUAUUUAAGUAAUGAUGAUAACUUUGAUGAUAAUAAGCAGAAUUAAUAAAUUUAAUAAUAGUAAUAAUAUAUUCCAUUGUAAUUUUAAAAUAAUGGUUUUCAGGGUUUUAAUAAUUUAUUUCCUUAAAAUAACCUUAAUGGUUUAUUUCCUUAAAAUCACUUUUAAUUAGCUCAUGGUUAAAAUUUGUUUUAAUAAUAAUUCAUUUAACAAAAUAAAGUAUGUAAAAGUUGUAAUGGAAAAAUUUGGAAGAACUUUUAAUGUCCUCCAUAAUAACAACAUGUAGGUUGUGCUUCUUGUGCCAGAUUAAUGCCUAAAUUAGAUCCUAGUAAUUAUAUUAUUAAUAUAUAUAGGUGAUGAUGAUAAUGAAGUGUUGUAAAUGUAAUGUUGUAUAUGUAAAGCAUAUCAUUGUACAUUUUAUUAUGGUGAUUGUAAUAAUGCUGCACUUUAAAAGUUUAUGCUUGUAAAAAAUAUUUAACAUUAAAUGGUGAUUCCUUAUAAUUAUGUAAAUAGCACUGAAUAUAACAGAUUACUUAAACAUCUUGGAGGAAGACCUUAAACUGUAAUCUUUAAUUUUAUGAUGGAUAAUUACAUUAGUAAAGGUUAUUUCUAUUUUUAAUAAAAUAAAUUAACAUUCAAUAAUCCAAUUUAAGAAAUUAAUGUUAAAAUAUCUCAAAAUUCAGUAAUUAUAUAUAAUAUAUAUAUUUAGCCAAUAUGCUGGUUAUGCCAUAGGAAAUUAAUCAAUUUUAUUAUAUUUAGAUAUGUUUAAUGUAUGAAAUAUGAUGAACCUCUUUUCAUGAGAGAGGAUUGUUACUAUGGCAUAAAUUGUAGAUUGUAAUAAUAGAAUUAAGUUCAUGCCUAAAAAUAUAAUCAUUUUUGUGAAUAAACUAAAUUUGAUUGA